AUAACAUUUUGGACAGUCACAGGAUCUAGUGCAACGCCAAAGAAAUCUAAAAAGAUGUCGAAGUUUACCUGCAUUAUCCUCUGUGUUGUGGCUGCGAGCUUGACCAAGGUUUCUCAUGCAGCAGUUACUGAAGAAGAGAAGGAAGCCUUCCGUGAGGCGAUGGCACCCAUUAUAGCAGAGUGUUCCGAAGAACAUGGAGUGAGUGAGGCUGACAUUAAGGCCGCGAAGGAGUCAGCCAGUGCUGAUAAUAUCAAACCCUGCUUCUUAGGCUGUGUGAUGAAGAAAAUUGAAGUGCUGGAUGCCAAAGGCUUGUACGACGCUGAAACUGGACUUGGUAAACUAAGAAAGUUCGUCAAGGACGAUGAUGAAUUCGCCAAAUUCGAAGAUAUCGCCAAGAAAUGCCUUAAAGUUAAUGAUGAAUCUGUAAGCGACGGUGAAGCGGGUUGUGACAGAGCCAAGCUUGUUCUGGGUUGCUUCAUAGAGCACAAAGUUGAGAUGCCGUUCUAAAGCGUUUGGAGAUGCGGAUAAGAUUUAAACCAAUACCGAAAGAGGCACGAAUUGUUUCUGUUUUGUAAUUUAUUAUGUUUAUUUAAUUUGUAGUUAAUAUAUAAAUAAAGCAAUGUUCAUUUAA